ACUUACUUCAACUUUUAAUAGACUUCCGAGUUCCAAGAAUUAUAAUAAAUUUGAAUUAAACAUUAAUCAAAUUAAAAAAAAAUUUAAUUAAUUUUAAAUUGUGUUAAAAAUAAACGUAUAAUUAAAAUGCAAGAUCCUAAAAUCAAACCAAAGAGGAUGAUAAACAUCGAAGCCGAUUGCGUUAAAACAGUCAAUAUGUACAUGCAAGUUAAAGCCGAGUCUAAUGAUUUUAUAAAAAAAUUUCCAGAAUGGGAUAUGUUACCGAAGUCGCUUGACAACGAACUAAUAAUAGCUAUUCGUGAGCGAGAUGCCGCAAGAACUCGACUAGAAAUUAAACGCAAAGAAAAAAAAGUGUUUGAUCGAGAUAUUAAAGAAAAGUGGAAAGAUCUGGAUCAGAAACUUAAACAUCUGCGAGAAGAAGAGUUGAGAUACGAACAGUUUUCUUCGGAAAAUGAAUCGAAAUGCGAAAUUCUCAUAAGGAAGACAAACGAAGACAAUGAAGAAACGAAACGUUAUGAACAGCAAACCGUUCCGAUGCAGCAAUCAAUUUUAAAGCUUGAAGAGGCUGCUGAAGGGAUGCAACGCAGCGUGGACGAGUUGAAGCCGUUUGAAGAUUUCCUUGAAAAAGUAGUGGUAGAGUCAAAAGAGUUUAAAAACAUAGAUGACGUUAUAAAGAGAUACGAAAAUUUGACCAACAUACGGAAGGAACUGGCACAAAAACAUGAAAAAAAGACUGCGGAUUUAAAACGGUUGACGACAGAUGUGUUCAGACGUUCAAAGGAAAAGAGUGAAGAAGCAGAACACGUUUCUGUCGAAAUGGCUGAUGUCAUCGAAUCAUUGGGAAAACUGAAAGACGAGAUGAUCAAAACCGACUUGGCUUAUCGCAAGAUAGAGAAUGUGGCCAAAGAAAAGAAAAUCGAGGGUGACUUGGUGGCUGCCUCUGUGUGGAAUAUUUAUAAGCAAAUGUGUCGGCGUGUAAAAAAAUCUGUGCCCAACAAAAUACCUGAUAUAGAAACUCAAUUGGCGUUUAUUGCGGAGGAAUACGAACAGUUGACCAAAGUAUUGAAUAUGGCUGAAAAAAUUAAAGAAAAAAGCAACAAAAGGGAGAUUCUGAGAAACUAAAACUUGUGCUUGGCUUUUGACAACAUCUGACACUUUUGUUUCUAUCAGAUCAACGUAGAAAGUCAUGUUAUACACGUUCGCCCGAAUGUCGUCUCCUGAAAUAUAUUUGGUAUAAAAUUAGAAUAAUAUCAUAUAACAUAGUUGAUAUUAUAAUAUUGUUUUAAAAAUAUCAUCGAUCAGAUUUAUUCAUAAUGUUGGUAAGAAUUAAAUUCACAUAUGCACCAUUUUAAGUAAUUAUCUACUUGACAUAACUAUAGGUAUAUAUAAAUUAUACAUUAUGAUUAAAUACUAUAACAUAGUCAUGACUCUUGAAUAAUUAAAAUAAGUUAGUAUAAUUCGCAAAUUUAUUUUUAAAAUAUGUGUCAUAAUAUUAUUUAAUGUAUAAUCAUUAAUCUCC